CCCGUUACUCUUUCCGACACCCCUUUGAUACGACGCACGCUGAGCGAUCGUCAAGUCGGACUACGAGUACGGGACGGGGAAGAAGAGGUACACGUAACGCAUCAAUCCAUCCAACCGAGUGGCCGAGUAGUGCAAUACAAUAUUUUCUUCGUUCAGGACACGCAUCAGCGCAACAGAGCUUCCCUUCAACCGCCAGCGACGAACAAAAAGAAAAAAAAACCCGGAACUUUCGCCUCCAACUCCAGGAAUCGAUUCCGGCGACCGGGCACGUAGGCGAGGGGGGAUUCUUCGCCGGCGAUGGCGAGCGGCUCUUCCCGGUCCCAGAUUCUCUGCGCCUCCUUCAACCAGGACAACAGCUUGUUCUCCGUCGGCACGAAGGAGGGGUUCAAGAUUUUCGACGCCCUCACCGGGAGGCUCUGCUACGAGAACAAACUUGGGGGAUUAAAUGUCGUGGAGAUGCGUUUUGGCACAAGCCUUAUCGCUAUAGUGGGAACUGGGGAACAGCCGUCACUGUCUCCUCGGCGGCUUUGCCUGUUCAAUACCAGCAAAGGUGCCCCAAAGAAGGAUCUGAAUUUUAGAAGUUCAAUCUUGGCUGUUCGAUUUAGCAGAACGAGGCUUGUUGUUUUAUUACAGGACAAGACCUUUAUUUAUGAUCUACACAGUGCUCAUAUCUUGGAGGAAAUUGACACAGUGCUUAAUAUAAAAGGUCUUUGUGCAUUUUCUCCUAAUUCAGAAUGGUGUUACUUGGCCAUCCCAGCAAGCACAUCUAAAGGAUCCGCUUUGGUGUACAAAGCAUCAGAACCUGAGCUAAUAUGUCAGAUAGAUGCUCAUCAGUCUCCAUUAGCUGCAAUGGCAUUUUCUUCUAAUGGGAUGUACCUGGCAACUGCUUCUGAAAAGGGUACUAUGAUUAGAGUACAUAUUGUUGCACAAGCCACCAAGUCACAUAGUUUUCGACGGGGAGCAUACCCAUCAACGAUUUACUCACUCUCAUUUGGACCUUGUAAUGAUAAACCUCAACCUGACGUUCUUGUUGCCACAAGUUCAUCAGGUUCUUUGCACAUGUUUUUUCUUGGUGCUGCCAGAAAUGGAAGGAACCAAACUAAUAAAUUACUGGGCUCAAUAAUUCCUGGAUCUAAAGCAAUAACUGAUGCUUUGGAUCCAGCUAAUCAUCAUGUUAUUCACAAUAUCGCCCCUGCAGAAAUCAAGAGCUGUCUAGCAGUACAUAGUACUGUAGAAUAUCCCCAAAAUUCUUCCAAAUUUCCUGCUGUGAGGACUGUAGUUUAUACCAUAACUCAUGAUGGAUAUUUCCGUGAGUAUACGAUCAGCACCACCAAGUCAAAUGAAUCUUCGUGGGUUUUGGAGCGCGAAUUGAGCCUAUUGGAUACUGGUUUUGUCACUUCAAAACAGAAUGAACACCAGAUGGACUGAGUUUUUAGGUCUGCUGACUUUUAUCCUUACACUGACUGGAUCUCCAGGCGAUGUACAUAUGAUGCACAAGAUGAGUGUGUUCAUAGGGAGUUUGCCUGACUUGGUUGUUGAUAGGAUCAAACCCAAGUUGACAUGGUAUAGUAAAGGAUAGGGUGCCCACUGGAAAGUAGUUUUUCCCUUUAGGGAACCCACUGGAAGGCAGCUUAUUGUUGUGGAUGUGAGUUAUAGACGAGUUGCCAAAUUUUAUAUCUGUUGCGAAAAUGUUACACGUAAUGGUUCUGUCUCCCAUCUUGACUAUACAUGUGAUAUUCUCUUGGGUCAGAACAACGACCCAACUUCUGCAUAUUGCUUCCCCAAUAUUUCCA